GUGGACAAUUCGAUGCAUUUUGUUAGAAAGAAAAGUAUUUUUUAGCCAAAAAAAUUAACGGGUUACUUUUGACCCUUUCUGAAAUUAAAAAAAAAAUAAAAAGAGAAAAUAUGACCGUUAGAGACCACCUUAAACAAAAGCCAGAAACAUUUCAAAAUAUGCCAUUAAUAAUAAUUACUACCUAAAUCUAAUCAUUAAAUUCCAAUCCAAGAAUUGGAUUCCCCAUUAAUGUUACCAAAAUCCAAUUACCAUAUACAAUUCUUAACAAAUCAAGACUUCCCUUUUCCUCCAAUUUUUUUGCAACUAAGUUCUGUUUGUCACACAUUUUUCAGGUGAAAAAAAAGUAGCCAUUAACAUUUUUUUCACCUUAGGCUCGUUACAUUGUUCGAUUGAAGAAGUGGGGUUGUCGAUAAAAUGGCGAAAGGGGGUGUUGAAGAGAUGAGAAAUGAAAUGGUGGUGGAAGCUGAAGGGGAGGUGAAAAUUCCAAAUUGGAGAGAUCUUAUUAGUUCCAGUUGGAAGGAUGCUAACUACAAAAGAACAGUAAUGGCCUGCUUUGUUCAAGCAGUUUACCUUCUUGAGAUAGACAGACAAGAAAACAGGACAGAAGAAAAUGCACUUGCUCCGAAAUGGUUGAUACCUUUCAAGUACAAGUUAGUCGAGACCUUAAAUGACGAAAGAGAUGGAUCCAUUUUCGGUGCAAUCUUGGAAUGGGAUAGAUCUGCUGCACUGUCUGAUUUCGUGCUCAUCAGACCAAGCGGUGCGCCAAGGGCUGUCGUGGCCUUAAGAGGAACGCUUCUCAAAAGCCAAACGAUGAGAAGGGAUAUCGAAGAUGAUCUCCGUUUCUUCGCUUGGGAAAGUCUGAAAGGUUCUGUGAGAUUCAGUACAGCCUUCAACGCUCUAAAAUCAAUCGCCACAAAGUACGGCAGCAGCAACGUGUGUAUCGUAGGUCAUUCACUCGGAGCUGGAUUCGCUCUCCAAGUUGGAAAAGCGUUAGCGAAAGAAGGGAUACAUGUCGAGGCACAUCUGUUCAAUCCACCCUCGGUUUCACUCGCUAUGAGCUUGAGAAACAUAGGAGAAAAAGCCGGAAUCGCGUGGAAAAGGCUGAAAUCAAUGCUCCCAUCGAAUCAUGACACUCAAGCGAGCUACGAGGAAAAUGAUGCAGCAUCAUUUCGGAUAGGUCUAAAGCAAUGGAUACCACAUUUGUACAUCAACAAUAGUGAUUACAUAUGCUGCUCUUACACAGAUCAAGAAAAUGGUUUACGCGACGAAAAUGAAGCUGAUAAGGAGAAUGCAAAACCAAGAAAUGGCCAACAACAAGUUGUUGCUGCUGCUAAGCUUUUUUUGUCAUCUAACAAAGGGAAACAAAAGUUUCUUGAAGCACAUGGAUUGGAACAAUGGUGGUCUGAUAAUUUGGAACUACAAAUGGCUAUUAGUAACAGCAAGCUCAUUAGCCAACAGUUGAAAUCUUUGUACACUCUUCCAGCUUCUCAACUAACACAAGCGAACCGCGGCCGAUGAACGAAAGCGCUUCCAUAUACACCCCCUAUGUUGCUCGCUCGGACCCUCCAAUAAUGUCAUGGGGUGCAUGCGUUUUGGAUCCUGGAAGUAGUAGUGUACUUUUGAAGGAUCCAACGUGUUCGAGCAACAUAUAUAGUCAUCCCUAUGUUGCUCGGACUCUCCAAAAAUGUCAUGGGGUGCGUUUUGGAUACUCGGAAGUAGUGUAUUUUUUAAGGAUCCGACGUGUUCGAGCAACAUUAUAGGGAUUGUUUCCCAACUCAGCAUGUAUGUGUUCAUUUUUUCUGUUCAUACAUAUAUAUAUUAAUCUCCUUGCUAUUGUUUAUGGGAGAUUAAUAAUGAUAAGACUGUUAUACAUGUGUUAUUUAAUAAUGCUAAUCGAAGAUUGUAUUAGUUAUGCUGA